CCGACCGUGCCCCUUAUCUUUUGGUAACUUCCAAUCAUCACGCGCUGCUUCCCACACUCUCACUUCACUAACUGCCGCUGCGCCACGCCAUGCACCUCUCCCUUCCACAAACCACCACCACCACCACCACAACCCCAUUGUCGCUCUCUCGGCCACUCCAGCGGCGACGCUAUCAGUUAGCACAACGAGCCCCUCGAACCCUUCGCGAGAUUCGCCGGUUCAGCCCGGGCUCUUCCUCUCCGCGCUCGCCCUCGGCCUCGCGGCGGUCCGGCCGUCGCUGCAGCGCGCCGGCUCCGGAGCUGCGGCUGAACGGGGAGAGGCUCCGGGGAGGUAUCUAGAGAUGGCUCCCGACGACGGCGCUACGGUCGCCGCCGACUCUCAAGCUCCGCUGAAGAAGAAGGCGGCGUUCUUUCGGAGCUGGAUCCUGCUGGACCGCGAGGGGCGGAGCAGCGUGCUGGACGUGGACAAGUACGAAAUCAUGCGCCGGGUGGGAAUCCACGCCAGAGAUCUUCGCAUGCUCGAUCCCAUGCUGUCGCACCCUUCUAAGAUCUUAGGCAGAGAGAAGUUGAUUGUCCUCAAUUUGGAGCACAUUAAAGCGAUCCUCACUGCAGAGGAGGUGUUACUUAGAGAUCCCUUAGAUGAGAAUGUCACUCCAAUUGUCGAGGAACUCAAGAGGCGGUUGCCUGGAAUCGGUCAGUUCCAAGGUGAAGAGGACGAGCAGCAAGAAGUGAACAAUGAUGCUGACGUUGGGGAGCAAAAUGAAUUUCCUUUCGAAUUUCGGGCAUUAGAAGUUGCAUUGGAGGCUAUCUGUAGUUUCCUUGAUGCGCGCACAAGAGAACUGGAGACUGAUGCUUAUCCAGCUUUAGACGAGCUGACUUCAAAGAUUAGCAGUCGUAAUUUGGAUCGAGUGCGAAAAUUGAAGAGUGCAAUGACAAGAUUGACCAAUCGUGUUCAGAAGGUAAGAGAUGAACUGGAAGAACUUCUGGAUGAUGACGAUGACAUGGCAGACCUUUAUUUGUCGAGGAAACUUGCUGCAGGGUCUUCCCCUGUCAGUGGGUCCGGAGCUCCAGAUUGGUUCUUUGCCUCUCCUACAUCUGGCUCAAAGUUAUCCAGAACAAGUAGGGCAAGUGCAGCAACAGCUCGUGAGGAAAAUGAUGUUGAAGAGCUUGAAAUGUUGCUGGAGGCAUAUUUCAUGCAAAUUGACGGCACUUUAAACAAAUUGGCAACGCUGCGCGAAUACAUUGAUGAUACUGAGGAUUACAUCAAUAUUCAGCUUGAUAAUCAUCGGAACCAGCUUAUACAGCUAGAGCUCUUCCUCAGUUCAGGAACUCUGUGCUUGUCUGUGUAUUCUCUGGUAGCGGCGAUAUUCGGCAUGAAUCUUCCUUACACGUGGAGAGAAGGUCAUGGGUACGUCUUCAAAUGGGUUGAUGCUCAUUGGGGAAAACUCUCAGGUGGUUAUUCUCGCUGGAGUUGUGUCUGGAUCCAUCUUCCUAUCCAUAAUCUCCUAUGCGCGGCACAAAGGUCUGGUUGGUUCUUGAAGCGAUGCGAUUCAUUCGGGAAGAAUCCAUCCAUCCAAUGUGCCAGCUUUAGGACAUUAUGCGGAUCACAUCACCCUAUUCAUGUCCCACAAAUUGUACCAAGACUAGUAUUGCCGCGCCAAUGAUGUCCAAGAGAUGGCUGAGAUGGAAUGGACGCAUCUCUGCGGCAAAAUUCACCCUUGCCUACAUGUGGUUAGAAAUUGGAAGCCAUUGAAAAGUCCAAAGUUGUAAUUGGGGACAGGUCAAGUGAAGAUGAGUCGUUGACGUUGUACAAUUUUUGUACGCAGGGAAUACCUGUUGUAAUGAAAUUACAUCCGAGGUUCGUUGAUGACGAUGCCACCGGGCAGUUGUUGAUGCAAAUACUAAUUUUACAGCA